AUGUGCAGCACAUCUUCAGGAAUCAUUUCAAUGGGUGUUCUGUCACUGAAAUGCCUUUUUAGCUGUGUGAUGAUGCUUAUACAAGGCACGAAAUGCACAUUCCCAUGCCCAUUUUGCCUAGUCCCUUUUGAGGAGUUUUGGGACUUAUUGAAGACCUAUGAAAUGCACACUACCAAGCAACAUCAAGAAGUGCUGGUGUUAUAUGAGCAGAAGAAGUCAGCCAGUGAGAAGAAACUGAAAUCUCUUGGGUUACAUCCCAUCAAGAACAUUUUUUGGUUGGUAGAACACUCAGAGCCUGAACAGGCUGCAAGCUUUGAGCCACUUCACUCCCUGCAUGGCAGCUUGGGAGGCAAGCACAUGCAUGAGGAGCUCAAGAUUGUUGCCAAUGAACUUGGCCAUGAUUUUGAGACAUGUUUAGAAGAAUGGUAUGACAAUUCAAUUGGGCUGUGGGGCUGUCUGACUAUCACUCAGGGUUUCUGCCUUUCCGCAUUGAAACAAAAUGUGAGAUCUCACCAGGGUAAUCUAAUUAGGAUUUACCUACAGCUUGAAACUCUCAUCAGGCUUGACAUACACACUGAGGCAACCCUUGGAAUGAUUGAACAUGAACUUCCCAUUUUCAGUGGUGAACUCAAGGUGUACCAAUCCUGUGUUCAUCAUUUGCAUGAUACAGGCCUCAAGGACAAUUGGAACUUUCCCAAGGCACACCUCUGGAAGCAUGUUACCCAUGACAUUCAGAGAAAAGGCACUGUUCAUAAUUACAGUGCUUGGCCAAAUGAGAAGAUGCAUGGUCUGCUCAAAGAUGCAUACCAGGAUUGUUCUAAUGGAAAGGAUGUUGCAGGGCAGGUGCAUAUCAAGUCCUUACUUAGAGAUGUUGUUGCAUGA